AUGGCCCAGGAGAAGAAAGCGGGGCUGUUAAAACGGACGUCGUCGUCUAAAAAGCCGCUGAAGGAGAAAGUGGUGUUGAUGUACGAUGAAAUAUUCACGAAAGUCGACCCUGCCAAGGCGAACCCUCGCUUCUGGGACGAGCUCUUCUUAAUGAAGGUGAACCUGGAGUACCUCGAGAACAAGCUGGAGGCUCUGGAUGGUGAUGAAGUGCUGAUGAUCAAGGACAACAUCAACAGCCUGUUCCAUCACUGCGUCCAGGCUUUGGAAGAAGACCACCAGAUUAAGGUGGUCAAUGCUCUGCAGACCCUUUGCGCACUCUUCAGAGGCGUGCAUCAGAAAAACAAGUCAGCUAGCGGAUUCGACAUCAUCAACAUGCUGGUGGGGUUCGACAAGGCCGAGCUCAGGAUGAAGGAUCUCAUGGAAAGCCUGGACAGUUUGCUCUGCGGGGACGGCUCGGAGAGCCUGAAGAGCCUGUGCCUGAAGCUGCUGCUUUGCCUGGUUACGGUGACGGACAACAUCAGUCAGAAUACCAUCCUGGAGUACGUCAUGAUCAACAGCAUAUUCGAGGCCAUUUUGCAGAUCUUGUCUGACGUCUCGAGCAGAGCGCAGCACGGCUACGAUGCCGUGGUGCUCUUGGCUCUCUUGGUGAACUACAGGAAGUACGAAUCUGUGAAUCCCUACAUCGUGAAGUUAUCCAUAGUGGAUGAUGAACCAACUCUGGCUGGUAUGGGUAUGGUUAUCCAGCAGGCUCUGACGGAGUACAACAGGCAGUACAAAGAUAAAGAGGAGGACAACCACGGGGGAUUUUUUUCCACGUUGACCAGCAUGGUUGGCAGCAUGUUCAUCGCUGACGCGGAUGAGAAGCUGUCGGUGCAGACAAACGAAGCCAUCCUGCUCGCUCUCUACGAGGCCGUUCACCUGAACAGGAAUUUCAUUACGGUUCUCGCACAAAGCCAUCCGGAGAUCGACAUUGCGGCGACGCCGGUCACACCCACGCCGACUACUCCCACGACCCCGCUCGGUACCACUCCUCCUUCUUUGGACGUGAUGCACAACCCUGAGCUGCCGCUGGACCCCAACCUUCAGACGAGCAACCUGCUGAUAACGUUUCUCAAAUACUCCUCCAUUGUCAUGCAAGACACCAAAGACGAGCACAGACUCAACAGCGCCCGACUGUGCCUCAUCAUCCUCACGUGUAUAGCCGAGGACCAGUACGCCGACGCCUUCCUCCACGACGACAACAUGAACUUCAGGGUGAACUUGCACCGGAUGCCGAUGAGGCACCGAAAGAAAGCGGCGGACAAGAACAUCCCGUCUCGACCCCUCGCGUGCGCCGUCUUGGACCUGAUGGUCGAGUUCAUCGUCACUCACAUGAUGAAAGACUUUCCUAUGGAUCUCUACAUGCGGUGUGUUCAGAUCAUACACAAGCUCAUCUGCUAUCAGAAGAAGUGCAGGAUUCGGCUGCACUACACCUGGAGGGAACUUUGGUCGGCCCUCAUUAACCUGCUGAAGUUCCUGCUGUCAAACGAAACCACCUUGUUGUCCAAACACAACAUCUUCCAGCUGGCUUUACAAGUUGUGCAUCUCUUCAACAUGUUCAUCACAUACGGAGACACGUUCCUGCCAACGGCCAGCAGCUACGACGAGCUGUAUUACGAGAUCAUACGCAUGCAUCAGGUGUUCGAUAACCUGUACUGCAUGGUGCUCAGGGUCUCCACCAACGUCGGCCAGUGGAAGGAGCCGGCGAGCAAAGUCACGCACGCUCUGGUGAACGUCCGAGCCAUCAUCAACCAUUUCAACCCCAAAAUCGAGUCCUACGCUGCCGUCAACCACAUCUCCCAGCUGUCAGAGGAUCAGGUGCUGGAAGUGGUACGCUCCAACUACGACACGCUGACUCUGAAGCUGCAGGACGGCUUGGACCAGUUCGAGCGCUAUUCGGAGCAGCCCAAAGAGACAGCAUUCUUCAAGGAGUUGGUGCGCUCCAUCAGUCUGAACGUGAGGAAGAACGUUUCUCUCAACACCCUGAGUCAGGAUGUUCUUCUGAAGGAGUUCUCUUCUAUAUCUUGAGAUCCUGACACAACCACACGGAACCUGGAACCAGACAUAAGGGGAAAAAAACAAUCAUCUUUGACAUCCAAAUGUCCAGUGGCAAGUUUUGCUGGAAAUCACACCUUGUUUUAUUCCCCAGGCCUGAAAGUGUUUAAAUUAGUUCGAUUACACAAAUUUUCUUCUUCAGUAUAACUUGUUGUUGUUUGUUUUUAUGGAUUUUUUUUUUCUUUUGCCUUUAUUUUCCCAUCAAUGUAUUUGAUUCUUAUUAAAUCAGUUAUUAAACACGAGACACGUAUGCCUUGAGCCUGCUGUUUUCUCAGAACAUUAACUGAACGGAUGAAUCAUCUCGAAUCAGCAUCCAGAGUGUGUUAGCGAUAUGAGUUGAACUAAUAAAUCUUGCUAAUAAUCUUAAAGGUUCUUCAGUUCAGAACUUCAGUGUUGUCUAGGUAUUACGUUUGAAAGAUGUGACGUUUGAUUACUACAGAAUCCAAGCAAAGUUUGACAUAAUACUUCAACCUUUCAGCCACACCCACCACCCCAUCUACACUUACUGUACUAACUUGGUACCUUCUCUAGACAUGAUGCCAUGGAAGUUGUGGACACCAACCUGAACAUCAUAUGUCAUUGGGCUUGAGACAGCGGGUUCAUUCUGCUCUUUAUCCUGAGACAGAUUCCAAUAACUCAUAAUGACAAAAACAUCAAUCAUGUAACUACUGAUAUUUUUUAUUUUAAUUUUUUUGGACUGUUCUUCUUGGAGUCAUGGUUUAACACCUCAUCCUGAAUGUGCUACAGAUCUUCAGUAUAUUUUUGGUUAGAUUUGAUUUCAUGAAUCAUUAAUUGUUGGUGUUUCUUAUUGCUUCUACAAAUCAGGUUUUAGGCGUGACCUUUUUUUUUUUUUUAAUCUGGAUCUCAAACGUUAACUGACUGGACUUAAUGUACAGAGUAUGAACCUUUUCACAAAUUUCGACAAUAUUUCAAUUGGAUUCAUUUUGGAUACAUUUUCAGUACAGAUCAUUAGUGUUUCCUAGGUAUAAUGUUUAAAAAAAAAACAACAAAA